ACCGGUGCAUUAAAAUUCCUACUUUUUAAUUUCCACAUAAAAAGCUGAAAUUGUAGCAGACAUGACGUGUAUGUGCGGCUCAUAGGCCUGGGAUCACUGGAGGUAACAUAACGUCCGGGGCUGAGGGCUGCCCAGCAUGUCAGGUAUUAACAGAGCGAGUGUGAUUAAAUGUGGGAGGUAGGAGCUGCGAGGCUGGCGGAGUGCGCUGCUGCCGCUGCGAGCUGGAAACUACUGAAUGGGAAUCUAUCCGGCAACUUCACCACACCGCUGUCACACGGCGACACGGGGGCUCUGCGUAAAACCAAGCGGCGCGUCUCCAAGUCUGGGUCAGCCCAACUCACAGACGGAGAGGACGCUCAAGUUGGAUCGGCGGAGCAGCUUUUCACUUGUUACCGGCGCUCGGCUGCCUCGAACAUGCCUGCCAUCAAAAAGGAAAGGCUGGAUGGAGACGACAUGGCAUUGACUGCGUUCAACCAGUCCGAAUACCUGGCCCCUUUAAAUGCCACCGCUAUCCCCGUGGUGACCCCGCAUCCGCCACCGUACGACCACAUUUUCGCCCAUCACCGCGCGUACUUGGGGCUCCACGACUCGGCGCUGCAUCACCAGCACCUCCACCAUCACACGGACGACUUAAUGCUGGAGAGGUUCUCCUCCAUCCCCGACUUUCAGCCCUUCUUCGACAACGGGGAGCCGUGCAUCGAGGUGGAGUGCGGGGAAAACAAGGCUUUGCUUUAUAUCAAUAAACUGUGUCAAGGUAGUAAGGGACCGUCAAUUAAAUACAGGGGUGAAUGGCUCACCCCCAAUGAGUUCCAGUUUGUCAGUGGACGAGAGACUGCCAAAGACUGGAAACGGAGUAUUAGACACAAAGGGAAAAGCCUCAAGACUCUUAUGUCCAAAGGAAUUUUACAGGUGCACCCUCCAAUCUGUGACUGUCCUGGCUGUCGAAUUUCAUCUCCAGUGAACCGUGGGCGCUUGGCUGAGAAACGCACCAUCCCUCUACCCCCCAACCGGGUGCCAAAGAAGGAGCUGGCCUCCAUCUUCAGUAGUGACGACAGUGAAGGCAGCGAACGGGCCAGUGGGGACCAUGCCCACAUCAAACAGGAAGAUGAACUGCAUUUCAGUAUCAUGAGAAAGAGUCGUGACAGUGACCUCUCUACAAUCAUCUCCAACCUGCACCACACCAGACAGCACGGCAUGCCCGAGGGCCAGUCAGCCUCUGAACACAACAGCAGCAGCACCGGACACUCAGAUGACCUUCUAGGCAAGAGGAGAAGCUUCUCUCCCAACAGCAGCAGCGAGUGUCCCACUGAUAGCAAGAAGUCACGUAGCGUUUCCCCGAAAGAGAACUCCCAGAGCCCGGUGGUGGAGGCAGGCGGCAGCCACGGCCACAUGAGCCCUGAGGAGCACUACAGACGCAUGAUGUCGGCACUCAGCGAGCAGGGAUCUUAUGAGGAGCAGCAGCAACGUCUUUACCAGCUGGCGAGCAGCAUGGGUCUGCCUGGCCACGAAAUGCUGCGUGCUCGCCAGGAGGCGUUGGCUGCAGCAGUGAGGAAUCCAGCAGCCCUGGAAGCCCACCUGCCCUCGGCGGGCAGCUCAUCUUCAUCCAGUCAGAGACGCAAGCAGGGUUUACCACAGCACCGGGACGCACAUUACACUGACAGGGACCUGUCCCACCCUCCGCCCCUGCUGUCCCCUCCGACCGCCCCCCACAUCGCCUUAGGACCUCAUCUGCGGCCUCCAUUCCUGGGCAUGCCCUCCGCUCUCUGCCAGGCCCCCGGAUAUGGUUUCCUCCAACCAGCUCAAGCUGAGAUCUUUGCUCGCCAACAGGAGAUGCUGAGGAAGCAGAAUCUGGCAAGACUGGAGAUGUCGGCGGAGCUGCUGAGACAGAAGGAGUUGGAAAACCUCCACCAGCGGCAGCAGCGUCUUCUGGGCUCCGACGCUCUGGGGGCUCUUCCCCCUGGACUGCCCCCCGACCACCCAGCCCUGCGAAGUCUCCACGACAUCCCAGAGGGCCACCCGCUCCGCGAGGAACUGGCCCGCCGCUCUAACGCCAUGCUGGUGCUCCGCCACGGGGCUACCACGCCCCUUCUAACCCUCAACCACCAGCAGCAGCAGGCAGGAGCGUCCUCCACGCCCAAAGACGCCCAGGGACACAGCUCCACCGCUGGGCCAGAUGCAGAUAUUAGGAAGGCCUCCCGCAGGGGCCCCCAGAUUCAGCCCCGCGUCGUGGAACACAUAAGAGGGAGGGAGGUUGACAGGGAGGGGCCGGAUGACGAGAUGAAGGACUCUGACAGUGACACAGAGAUGUGUGAGGAGCGGGAGGUGGGUGUAGACACCAAGUCCAGCAUUAAGUCCAGGGACCGGGACCGCGAGGGGAUUAAGGAGACAGGCGCCAAAGGAGCAUGUGACGGUGCCAAGGAGGCUGGAGAGGGCUCGGGCAGACUGAGCGCUCCGUGUAGUUCAGCGGGAACAGAGUCUCCCAGCCGCCACCUCUUCACCCCAGGACUGGGCAAAGCCGACGUCAAGUACCACCUGCCCCCGGGGUUUAUGCCGCCACUGCCUGCGCUCCACGCCCAGUCGUUCCCUUUUGGCUUCCCCUACGCCAACCCCUACUUCCACACGGGCGCCAUGGGAGGUCUUUUCAUGGAUGGGGAGGACUCAGCCACAGCCAACCCUGCGGAGGACAUCAGCAAGUGGAGUGUGGAGGACGUGUGUGGCUUCAUAAGCAGCUUGGCCGGAUGCGCUGAAUACACACAGGUGUUUCGGGAGCAGGCCAUUGAUGGAGAGACAUUACCGCUGCUCACUGAGGAGCACCUGCUCAACACCAUGGGACUAAAGCUGGGGCCUGCGCUCAAGAUCCGCUCACAGGUGGCGCGGCGCGUUGGCAGGCUUUUCUACAUGACAGGCUUCCCGCUGGCCUUCCCCUUUCCGCCUUCUGCUAUUCUACGACCCCCGGAUCGAGACCGGGACCCCCUGAACGCACCAUCUGAUGCCCCUCUGCCCCUGUCCCUGUCCCUCCCCCACAGACCCACCUCCACCAGCAGCAGCUCGUCCCCGUACAGCGGCCCCACCCCGGGGUGCUCCUCCCCCAAACAGGAAAACGGUAACGGCUCCACUGUGGCAGGACGAUAUGAGGCCAAAACUCCUUCGUAGGAGCGUGGACGAGCGGACUGAGUCAAACUACGUCAAAGACACAGAGAGAGUGACUCCAUUCACCAGACUAGACCUGACCUCUCCCCCUCCCACCACCACCACCACCUCGGGACCUUUAAGCAGAGAUUUAUGGGAAAAUAUUGGACUGGAAUAAAAGACGACGGGACGUUCUGAACUGUAAUCCAAUCAGCUCCUCAGUUCGCCUGCAGCCGAGCAGAAUCCAAAGAAACUGGGUUGGAGGGGAGACACGUGAAGCGACAGAGGAAUAGAGAAAAUGGAAAAGGAGACAGCUGGUCACAGACAGCCUGCCAAAAAAAGGAGCGAAGCCCUGCCACAAAUGCGGCAUUCUUGCAAGUCAGACAGUCAGACGCUAGCGGAAACUCUUCCUUCCUUCCUGGGCUGGAGGAAGCUCUGCUCGCUCUCUUUCCCUCAUCUCUCUCUCUCUCUUUUGACUGCUCCCACCACAGGCCCUGCAGAACCCUGGUAUUAAAAACAUGCCUCCUCCAUCUCCUCUCCUCUCCCUCUUUGCCUUUUCCUGAGGCCAAACAGCAGCGUGGAUCUGUCCUGUCUUUUUUACAGGCUGGAGUCGAAGCAUAUGCGGAUCUGACCAGCUCUCUCUUACCACUGCAACUAUGCAUUCCACUGUCCUGAUACCAAAGAUGACCGGAUGUGUGGAAUUAAAACUGUUUCACGACGUGUCUGCUUCUUUUUGCAUUAACAGUCUCAGACAAAGCCUGGUCCAACAGGGGAACGUCUCACAUGAUGGACUCUAUGAACGAUGGCACAGGUAGAGCCGUCGUUUAGAGACACAAAAGGAGACUAAAUGUUCCUGAAUUUGAAAAGCUCAGACGCUGGCUUUGGUGUGUACGGCCUACGUCAUUGUACGCUUGUGUUGACUACUGUUGGAGGUAGGAAAAACAUGCAAAAUUGUACAGAAUCACGCUUAAGAUGAAAAUAUCCUGAAGGUUACAUACGUGGUACUUUGACUUUUUGUUACAUGUAGUUGCACGAAUAAGGUUUUCUUUACUGAAAAAUGUGACUUGCUGAACUUUGGUGGUACUUCUGUUCAUACUUUUUGUUUGCCAUUUUUUUAAAAAACAAAAGUGUAAUAUUAAAAAGACGCUCCAAUCUUGAAUGCUACUUCAGCAUAUAAAUAUGAGGAAAAAAUAUUUAUAGGACUUUUGACGUAGUAGAUAAAGCAGAUUAUGAUAUGUAUUAUAAUUAGCCCUUGAGAUGGAUUCCAAAGAUACUUUUACUUUGUUUUCUCUUGGUUGCAGGGAAAAGAAAGGCACAAAGCUCUUAAUGCAAAUGUUUUGAAUUUGUUAUGGAUUUUUUUUAAACUACGCAAGCAAUGAAUUAAAAAUGAUCUCUAGAUUUCCCUUCGAAAUUUUUGUCUUCAUCCUAUUUUUCUAUUCACCACGCAGGUGAAAUAAAUCCUACAGAAACACC